AUGACAGUUCUGCAAGAGCCGGUGCAGGCUGCAGUGUGGCAGGCCCUGAACCACUACUCGUAUCUGGAUGCAGUGUUUCUGGCAGAAAGACUUUAUGCUGAAGUUCGCUCAGAAGAGGCCCUGCACCUCCUCGCCACAUGUUACUAUCGCUCGGGGAAGUCCUUUAAGGCCUAUCGCCUCCUCAAAGCCCACUCCUGCUGCAGCCCUGCACUCCGGUACCUGCUGGCCAAGUGCUGUGUGGACUUAAGCAAGCUGGCUGAGGGGGAGCAGGUCCUUGUGGGCGGAGUCUUAAAUAAACAAAAAACUCAGGAUGACAUCAUCGCAGAGUUUGGAGACUCAGCGGCGUUCACUCUGUCGCUGCUCGGCACCAUCUACUGCCAAACCGACCGCUCCGCCAAAGGAGCAGAAUGUUUCCAGAAAAGUUUGAGUCUGAAUCCGUUCAACUGGAGCCCGUUCCAGACUCUAUGUCACCUGGGGGAGAAACCAGACGCAGACCUAGUGUUUCGGCUCGCACAGUUAGCCCCGCCCCCUCAGCCUGUAAGCCCCGCCCACAUCCAGAAUCCUAGUCACAGAUUGGACACAGCGCUGAUGGAGACGCCCCAGGACACGCUGGAGCUAAACCGUUUGAACCUCGAGUCCAGUGGUAAGAUGACCUCUGACCUCUCAUACAUCGACUCGUCCAUCAUCUCCCCAGAGACCGUCUCCGUGGCAACCGCUGCCUCGCUGCUUAGCAACAAACAAAACAAACCCAAGAGUGGGCGGAGUCUGUUGGGAGGACCACCGACUCUGAGCCCGCUCACCCCCAGUUUCGGGAUCCUGCCCCUGGAGCCGAGCCCGGGAGACCCCACAUAUCUACAGACCUACAGCAGUGGACUGGACCCUCAGCCCUGUGCCAACAAGAAGACCGUCUCCAGGAUUUCUCAGUCUAAGGUUUUUUCUCAAACUGGAAACAGCAGAGAGGUGCUACCCAUCCCCUUCAACCAAGCACUGCAAGGCUCCGCCCCCCACACUAGCGCGGCUCCCCAGGUCCUCAGUCCCUCUGGACCUCCAAACAUUCAACCACGAAGGAGCUCCAGACUGUUCACCAGCGCUAGCUCCACUGCCAAGGAGAACAGUAAAAAGCUCAAGAUGAAAUUUCCCACUAAAAUCCCAAAUAGAAAAACGAAAAGUAAAACCAACAAAUCGUCAACAAAUCUGAACGAGAGUUUGGACAUAAUGAGACUGGAGCCAUUGAGCCAAGAGCGGAGCCACACCCGGCUUACUGCAGACUCCAUCAUGACCAUCUUGAGGGAAAUGGGGCGUGGCUACCUCCUGCUGUGUUCGUACAGCUGUAAAGAAGCAAUCGCAGUUCUGUCGUCUCUGCCCCCGCACCACUACUCCACGGGCUGGGUCCUGUCCGCCAUAGGCCGGGCUCACUUUGAGCUCGCUGACUACACCCAGGCAGAGCGGAUCUUCUCGGAGGUCAGGAGGAUAGAGUCGUACCGUGAGGAGGGGAUGGAGAUCUACUCCACGACUCUGUGGCAUCUGCAGAAGGAUGUGGCCCUCAGCGCUCUGUCCAAGGAGAUGACCGACACUGACCGGAACUGUCCUCAGACCUGGUGUGUGGCUGGAAACUGCUUCAGUUUACAGAGAGAACACGACAUCGCCAUCAAGUUCUUCCAGAGAGCGAUUCAGGUGGAGCCCAGCUUUGCCUAUGCCUACACACUGCUGGGACACGAGUUUGUUCUGACUGAAGAACUGGACCGAGCUCUGGCAUGUUUCCGGAACGCCAUCCGAGUCAACAACCGCCACUACAAUGCCUGGUACGGCCUGGGGAUGAUCUACUACAAACAGGAGAAAUUUAAUUUGGCAGAAAUUCACUUUAAAAAAGCUCUGAGCAUCAACCCGCAGAGUUCAGUUCUGCUGUGUCACAUUGGAGUGGUCCAACACGCCCUGAAGAAGUCGGACUCUGCGCUCGAGACGUUAAACAAAGCCAUCGGCAUCGACCCCAAAAACCCUCUGUGCAAAUUCCACCGGGCGUCGAUUCUGUUCGCCAACGACAAGUACAAGGCGGCGCUGCAAGAGCUGGAGGAGCUCAAACAGAUUGUUCCCAAAGAGUCUCUAGUUUACUUCCUCAUCGGGAAGGUGUACAAGAAGCUGGGCCACACUCACCUGGCUCUGAUGAACUUUAGCUGGGCCAUGGACCUGGACCCUAAAGGAGCUAACAACCAGAUCAAAGAAGCAAUCGACAAGCGCUACCUCCCUGACGACGACGGUCCGGAGGAAAUGACGGACGCAGAUGACUCUCGGCUCCAGUCAAAUGACAGCGACGACGUUCUGUGA